AUGAACUGUGACGAUACCGAUUAUGAGGUGCUGGCAAGUCAGAUUGAAUCACUUCUUAAGCGUCCAGAUGGUGCUCUACAGAUCAGGGAUGAAAACACUCGCCGCCGCCUAGUCGAAGGCGCGCGCAAGCUGGUUGGAUCUCGGAGUUGCCGAGAGACAUGUAUCGCAGGAUGCAAUACUCAGUUUGUUGAGCCCAUUAUUCCUUCUACUGAAAGCUGCCAUCUCGUGCUACCUCUGGCUGUCGUCGGAGUGGAUACUGGGGUCUUCUCCGUAUUGGCUUCUGAAAACCGUCCCUUUUGCAGUACUGAGCUUGCUAAGAAGACUGGCGUGGAUAUGCAGCUCUUGACCACCGAUGCGAUUUCUCAGGUUGAUGUUGAUACCUACCAGUCGGGCCCUGUGGCCAAUGUUCUGAGUAGCGACAAUCAUAGCGAUUCACUUCGAUUCACACAUAAAAUCACUGCGCAAGGGAGCUCAAAUCUUCCAGAUUGGCUCCGAUCAAUUCAGUAUAGUUGCUCUGUUGGCGUUUCUCCGACAGCUUGGACAAGCUCGAUUCCCAGCGAGUUGGAUCCCUUUACUUAUCUGAAACACAAUCCUUGGGCAUUGAAACAUUUCCAAUCGCAUAUGAUAGCUCAAAGAGUUGGGAGAAAAUCGCUUAUCGAUGCUUUCGACUUCAAGAAGCACUUAAAUACCCAAGAUAUAAGCAGCUCAACGUUUCUAUUUGUUGACAUUGGGGGCGGAACUGUAUUGAGGAAUAUUGAGGCAGAGGUUUACGAUUUCUCCACUACACCGCAGCCUAUUCGAGGAGCCAGGGUCUAUUACAUGCGAAGCAUCUUCCACGCUUGGGCAGAUGCCAAAUGUGUGGAGAUCUUGCUCAACAUUAAGGCAGGCAUGACCGAACAGUCGGUGCUCAUGAUUGACGAAAUAGCUAUCCCCGAAACGAACGCUAAGGGCCAGGCGGCCCAGAAUAACUUAAAGGUCAUGAUUUGCGUAGGUGGCGUAGAACGCACUGAAGGUCAAUGGGCAAGCCUGCUAAGUGGCGUCGGGUUGAUUGUUCAUGAGAUAGUGAAAUAUGACGAGGAUUAUGAAGACGCCUUAAUCAUUGCAGGUCUUGCUUGA